AUGUCGCCAACGAGCUGGAACUUCUGGACCGCCUCAAAGUGGAUGCUGCCCUGGUGUCUAGCCAGUGUGGCCAUUGCUUUAAUCCCAACCGCAUCCGCUAGCAUGCCGUUCGAUACGAAACCGGAAUUCAUCAAGACAUGCCGGUUCGAUCAGCCAAACUUCGUGGACUGUUCUACCGAAUCCGUCCAGGGACUGUUCGACAAGCUGGUGACCGGCAUCGAAGGGCUAGAGCACGUCGGCACGAUCGAUCCGAUGAAGAUCAGCAAAAUAAGGAUUCUGCAAGGUGAUGGACCGGUCAGUGUCAACGCGUCACUCUCCAAGGUGGUGGUCACCGGUUUUGCCAGCACCAAAGUCGUCCGGAACGUUGUCAGCAGUAAGGAUUUCGGCUGGGAAACGCACAUCCGGCUGCCAAAGAUGCGGCUUGAGGGCAACUAUCACAUGCAGGGUCGCAUACUGGUGAUUCCCCUGAACGGACACGGCAAGUGUUGGUUCGAGCCAAGUGGCAUGGACAUCAUUAUGCGCACGACAACCGAUCUGUACCAGAAGAAUGGGCACGUGUUCUACAACGUUACCGCUACGAAGGUCGAUUACACCAUAUCCGGGCUCCGACUGCACAUGGGCAACCUGUUCGAGGGUGUGAAGGUGCUCGAAGACAGCACCAACCAGUACCUGAACGAUAACUGGCGCCCGGUAUCGGAGGCACUCAAGCCGAUCAUUGCUAAAACCAUCGAGGACAUACUGCUCGCGAUCAUGCAGAACAUUUUCAAUCAGAUUCCAGCCGACUACUUUGUGGCGGAUCUACCGCGCUCGUAA